AUGGUGUCAUUCUUCUCCUUGGGCUUUAUGGUUGCUUUGGUGACAGCGGGAGCCACACGUAUGGACCGCUCGGAAGAAGUGCAGGUGGACAACUCAUACGAAGCAGUGUGUCCGGGUGGAAUGGGGCGCUGCUGCACCAGCAAAUGCAGUGGAAGGGAAGACUACAAGACGGGAGGGAAAUUGUCAAAGUGCAGAGUCAAGGCUGGUCAAGUCUUCAGUGACAAGAGUGCCUACAACUACAAAUGCAAGGAAAGCUGCGAUUUGGAGCGGGAGUACGUGGUGCAGUUUUCUACCAAGGGUUGGUUCGGCAGGAAGAAAGGUAAGAAAUCCCAACGAACCAAGACAGAAAGAGUAAUUGUCAAAAGAGGUGGUGGAUACUUGUCCGGUGGUUCAUGUAGCUCGUGA